GUCCCCAAUAGAGUGGUGCCCGGUAAAUGCUUGGGAUGCUUGGGGGUUGAGCUAGGGACAUGGGUACGGCAUUUUCUACCAGGGUGUAUUUGUUGCCAACGAUGUAUGCGGUACCGCUGGAUUUAAAUAGACGACCACGAUCCUCUUCUCAGUGUGUAUUGGCAACUCAUUCCUUGAGUAUCCAGUUUGACUUUGACGACUGUAAGCCAGUAUCUCAGAGAUUCAAACAGAAAGCUCGAAGGAGUACUGCUUUGAGAUUUCGUUACUUCGUCUGCUCUCGAGUUCGAGAAGUCAUUGUCCGAACUAUCUUACAUCCCAACCUUCGCCAUGUCUUCCACGGAGAAGGAGGUUCCCAAGGGAACCCACGUCGAGGGCACCGAGGACCAUACCAUCAGUGCUGCUCCUGUCCAUGAUAGUAUCCAUAACGCUGCUGGAAGGGGCCAGCUUGCCACCGACAAAUAUGGCCACUCCCUUGUCGAGUUCGACCCCGUAGCGGUACGAAAGUUGAGAUGGAAGCUCGACUUGCACACCAUUCCCACCGUUGCAUUGUUGUAUCUCUUCUGCUUCAUCGACCGUGCCAACAUUGGUAACGCAAGAAUCGCCGGCCUCGACAAGGACCUCGAACUCAAAGGCUACGACUACAACAUGAUACUCUCCGUCUUCUACAUCUCCUACAUCCUCUUUGAGAUCCCCGCCACAAUCGCCUGCAAAGCAAUGGGCCCCGGCUGGUUCCUCCCCAUCACCACCCUCCUCUUCGGCAUCGUCUCCAUCUGCACAGCCUUCGUCCAGGACCGCGCCGCCAUCUGCGGCGUCCGCUUCCUCCUCGGCAUCUUCGAGGCCGGCAUGCUCCCCGGCAUCGCAUACUACCUCUCCAGAUGGUACCAGCGCGCCGAGCUGACCUUCCGCCUGUCGCUCUACAUGGUUAUGGCACCCCUCGCGGGAGCCUUCGGCGGCCUCCUCGCCUCCGCAAUCCUCACCCUCGACUCCUUUGGCAGUCUGCACCGCUGGCGCAUGAUCUUUGCCAUCGAGGGCAUCGUCACCGUUGUCCUGGCCAUCAUCUCUUUCUGGACCCUCACCGACAGACCCGAGACGGCAAAGUGGUUGACGCAAGAGGAGAAGGACCUCUGCGUCGCCCGCGUCAAGUCAGAGCGCGUCGGCGCGACGGAGGUGAUUGACAAGAUCGACAAGACGAAGCUUAAGCGCGGCAUGCUCAACCCCGUCACCCUCGAGAUCGCCAUCAUCUUCUUCUUCAACAACAUCACCGUCCAAGGCCUGGCCUUCUUCCUCCCCACUAUCGUCAGCAACAUUUACCCGACCUUUUCGACCGUCCAGAAGCAGCUGUACAGCGUGCCGCCCUACGUCGUUGGUGCCUUCUUCACGGUGGCGUUCCCGGGGUUGAGUUGGUACCUUGACAGAAGGCAAGUUCUCAUUGCCAUGAGCGCGCCGAUGGUCAUGGCGGGAUACAUCAUGUUCCUCGCGUCCAAAGUCGCUCGCGUACGCUACGGAGCGACGUUCCUCAUUGCCAGUUCGGCUAUGGUGAUGGGCCCCAUGUCCAACGCUCACAUCAGCGCCAAUGUCGUUAGUGAUACGGCGCGAAGCAGUGCCAUCGGUCUCAACGUCAUGUUUGGCAACGUGGGCGGUCUCGUAUCAACAUGGUCCUACCUCUCCUGGGACGCGCCCGAUUUCCAUAUCGGCAACGGUCUCAACCUCGGCGCGGCGAGCAUGAUUUUGAUCGUGGCGACCUCGGCGUGGUUCUGGAUGAAGUGGGAUAACAAGCGCCGCGACGAUCGAAGCAUUGAGGAGGAGCUUGCGGGCUACACGGAGCAGGAGGUUCGGGAUUUGGAUUGGAAGCACCCUGCUUUCCGGUGGAGGACGUAGAUUUCCAUCAUUUCGGAGGCCCUGAGUUCGGAAUGAUUGUAAGAUGGCUUGCUCGCGGCUCGAUAUGUGUCCGUAGAGGGAAGUCAGCUUUCGAAAUGCCAUAUGAAUUAUGAUUAUGAAAGGAUACUUUGCUUCUUUAUCGCGAUAUGACCACGUAGCGUUAGCUUCUGGCCCUCCUUCAGCUUGUUGUCUUGACUUCCGAGCCUAGA